GCGGUCCCCUGCGCCUGGGCGGGCCGCGGGAACCGGGGGCCUGGCCUGCGCUCUUUGGCCCGGCCGCAGCGCGGCCUCGCGGCUCGGCCCGGCCCGUUCCGGCCGGCUGCUGCGGCCGGUGGCUCCGUGCAGUCGCUCUCCGCCCUCGCAGUACCCCAAGUGUGACCAUAAAAUAUGAUUGUUUGCCUGCUGCACCGAACUUAAAGUACUACUUUUGCCAUUUCAUCACCUGGCUUCAACUACAAUGCAACAAGCUUUGGAACUGGCAUUGGAUCGUGCAGAGUAUAUCAUUGAAAGUGCCCGUCAGAGACCUCCCAAAAGAAAGUAUUUAUCCGGUGGAAGAAAAUCUGUAUUUCAAAAACUCUAUGAUUUAUAUAUAGAAGAAUGUGAAAAAGAGCCUGAGAUAAAGCAGAAGCUGAAGCGAAAUGUGAAUUUACUUGAGAAGCUGGUUAUGCAGGAGACAUUGUCAUGUCUGGUAGUGAACCUCUAUCCGGGAAAUGAGGGUUAUUCGCUUAUGCUCAGGGGAAAAAAUGGUUCAGAUUCUGAGACCAUUCGGCUGCCUUAUGAGGAAGGAGAGCUGCUUGAAUAUUUGGAUGCAGAGGAACUACCACCUAUUUUGGUUGACCUUUUAGAAAAAUCUCAGGUUAAUAUUUUUCAUUGUGGAUGUGUCAUAGCAGAAAUACGUGACUAUAGGCAGUCUGGUAACAUGAAGUCUCCAACAUACCAAAGCAAGCACAUUCUUUUGCGUCCUACAAUGCAGACUUUAAUUUGUGAUGUGCAUUCUAUAACGAGUGACAACCACAAAUGGACACAGGAGGACAAACUCCUACUUGAGAGCCAACUUAUUUUGGCUACAGCAGAGCCUUUGUGUCUUGAUCCUUCAAUAGCAGUGACCUGUACUACAAACAGACUCCUAUACAACAAGCAGAAGAUGAAUACUCGCCCCAUGAAACGGUGCUUCAAAAGGUACUCAAGGUCAUCUCUGAACAGACAGCAGGACGUAGCUCACUAUUCAACUCCACCUCAGCUUAGACUACUUGACUACUUACAGAAAAGAAAGGAGAGGAAAGGAGCCCAGCAGUAUGACCUCAAAAUUUCUAAAGCUGGAAAUUGCGUAGACAUGUGGAAACAGAACCCUUGCUACUUGACUGCACCUUCUGAAGUGGAUGUGGAAAAAUAUGCCAAAGUAGAGAAGUCUAUCAAGCCUGAUGAUUCACAACCAACUGUCUGGCCAGCCCAUGAAAUAAAAGAUGAUUAUGUGUUUGAAUGUGAAGUUGGUAAUCAGCUUCAAAAAACAAAACUGACCAUUUUUCAGUCUCUUGGCAAUCCCUUAUACUAUGGUAAAAUUCAGACACUCAAAGGUGAUGAGGAAAAUGACAACCUAUUAACUCCAUCACAGUUCCUUAUUGGUUCGAAGACAGAUGCUGAAAGAGUGGUGAACCAGUAUCAGGAGUUAGUACAAAAUGAAGCUAAAUGUCCUGUGAAAAUGUUUCAUAAUUCAGGUGGAUCAGUCAAUCUUAGUCAUCUUUCGCCAGGGAAGGAAGUGGAACAGCCAGAAAGUAUAUCAGGCUCUGUUCAGUCUUCAGUAUUGGGGAAAGGUGUAAAACACCGACCUCCUCCCAUCAAAUUACCUUCAAGUUCAGGAAGUAGCUCUUCAGGUAGUAUUUUUAGUCCACAACAGUCAAGUGGCCAUCUAAAAUCCCCAACUCCUCCUCCUCCUUCUAAGCCUCCUGGUCUUUCUCGGAAGCAAUCUAUGGAUCUUAAUCAAGUUAGCAUGCUCUCUCCAGCUGCCAUGUCUCCUGCGAGCUCUUCACAAAGGUCUGGAACUCCUAAACCAUCUACUCCUACUCCAACCAACACCCCUUCAUCGACCCCACACCCUUCUGAUGCUCAGAGCUCAACUCCUAUUACCCCUUCUGCCACCCCUACUCCCCAAGAUUCAGGCUUCACCCCUCAGCCCACUUUGUUAACCCCGUUUGCUCAGCAGCAAAUGUCUCUGAGCCAGGCACUGCCUGUAAUGACCAUUCCUCUUUCCACCAUGGUAACAUCCAUUACUACAGGAACAACCUCCACCCAGGUCAUGGCAAACCCUGCAGGACUUAACUUCAUCAAUGUAGUGGGCUCUGUGUGUGGAGCACAGACACUGAUGAGUGGUUCAAACCCUAUGUUGGGAUGCAACACUGGUGCCAUAGCCCCUGCAGGUAUAAAUUUGAGUGGCAUUUUACCAUCAGGAGGUCUGGUACCAAGUGCGCUGCCUGCUGCAAUGCAGUCUGCCUCUCAAGCAGGCAGCCCCUUUGGUUUGAAAAAUGCAUCAAAUCUUCGGCCCUUAAAUCUUCUACAGACAUUGAACGUCAAGGGCAUUUACAAAAAGGGGUCUGACCAAGGUCCAUCCAAUCAAGAUCAGGCAUUAUCUGCCCAACAAGCUGCUGUAAUUAACCUGACUGGAGUAGGGAAUUUUAUGCAACCUCAAGCCACAGCAGUUGCGAUUCUUGCAGCAUCAAAUGGCUAUGGCAGCAGCAGCAGCACAAGCAGCUCACCUGCAUCAUCAACAGCAUUCAGGCAGCCACUCAAAAAGUAAGAGAGGCACACCAGCCCCUCCAAAAUCCUGAGACUUGCUCCCCCCCCAAUAAAAAUUUGAUUCAGAGGGGACUUUUUUUUUUUUUCCAAAUUAAAAAGGAGAGUUUAAAAUCAAAUCAGUGUUUUAUAUUACUGGUGGGGAAAAUGAACUUUUGAUGUUACACUGAACUGGUUUUGGAAGCCAACCCUACAGAACUUAGAUUUCAUCUAUAAAGCAGCGAGGGUCUGGCUUAAGUCACGUAGUUUUUUAACAGAAUGUUUUAUCUUGUAUUUUUUACCACUCAACAGCAUUGUACAUAGUAUAAGGGUGAAAAACAUUUUAGAAAAAAUGAACUUUGAACUUUGUAAAUGUAGUAUUGGUAUUUGUUUAUUUAGUAUAAAAGGUUUGUGAACACAGUAACAAAUACAGUUUUUACAAAUCCAUUUUUGAAAAGAUCUCUCCUUUUGUUCACUUGGGCUUUAUACUUUUUAUUACUUUGUCUAUCAGCUUCUUUACUUCUUUGUGUCUUGUAAUUGCUCUAGUGAUGCAGUCCUGAAGCUUGUCUCCUGUAAGAGGACUUCCACCUAAAAAUUAAACAGACCAAUUUAAUUUUCUAUGUACA